GACAGCCACUACAUAUAGAAUUGCCACUAGGCCUGUCUGCUGUUCAAGCCUCCUCAUCCUCUCUCUCUCUCUCUCUCUCUCUCUCUCUCUCUCUGCUUUUUUAUUUUUUUCUGGAUCAACCAUGGUUCUCUCAAAGACGGCAUCGGAAUCCGACGUCUCCGUCCACUCCACCUUCGCUUCUCGAUAUGUCCGAGCUUCGCUUCCCAGGUUCAAGAUGUCGGAGAAUUCAAUACCGAAGGAGGCGGCGUACCAGAUAAUAAACGACGAGUUGAUGCUGGACGGGAAUCCGCGGCUGAACCUGGCGUCGUUCGUCACCACAUGGAUGGAACCAGAGUGCGACAAGCUCAUCAUGGCGGCCAUUAACAAGAACUAUGUGGACAUGGACGAGUACCCCGUCACAACCGAAUUGCAGAAUCGGUGCGUAAAUAUGAUAGCGCAUCUAUUCAAUGCGCCGCUGGGGGACUCAGAAACUGCAGUAGGGGUGGGAACAGUGGGCUCAUCUGAGGCCAUUAUGCUGGCGGGUUUAGCCUUCAAGAGGAAGUGGCAGAACAAACGCAAAGCAGAGGGGAAGUCCACCGACAAGCCCAACAUCGUCACCGGUGCCAAUGUUCAGGUAUGCUGGGAGAAAUUCGCAAGGUAUUUUGAGGUGGAGCUGAAGGAGGUGAAGCUGAGGGAUGGGUAUUACGUAAUGGACCCUGCGAAGGCUGUGGAGAUGGUCGACGAGAACACCAUCUGCGUGGCUGCCAUCUUGGGAUCCACCCUUAAUGGCGAAUUCGAAGAUGUUAAACUCCUGAACGAUCUUCUCAUAGAGAAAAACAAACAAACUGGAUGGGAGACACCAAUCCACGUGGACGCAGCCAGCGGGGGAUUCAUAGCGCCGUUCCUGUACCCAGAGCUGGAAUGGGAUUUUAGGCUGCCGCUGGUCAAGAGCAUCAACGUCAGCGGCCACAAGUACGGGCUGGUCUACGCCGGCAUCGGAUGGGUCAUCUGGCGCAGCAAAGACGACUUGCCUGACGAACUCAUCUUCCACAUCAAUUAUCUUGGUGCUGAUCAACCCACCUUCACCCUCAACUUCUCCAAAGGGUCUAGCCAAGUUAUCGCUCAGUACUAUCAACUAAUCCGCUUGGGUUAUGAGGGAUACAAGAACAUAAUGGAGAACUGUCAAGAGAACGCAUUGGUGCUGAAGCAAGGAGUGGAGAAGACAGGACGUUUCAACAUCGUGUCAAAGGACAACGGCGUCCCUCUGGUGGCAUUCUCCCUCAAAGACAACAGCAGCCACACCGAGUUCGAGAUCUCCGAGAUGCUGCGCCGCUUCGGGUGGAUCGUGCCGGCGUACACCAUGCCUCCCGACGCCGAGCACGUCACCGUCCUCCGCGUCGUCAUCAGAGAAGACUUCUCCCGCACCCUGGCUGAGCGCCUCGUCAUCGACAUCGAGAAAGUCCUGCACGAUCUCGACACCCUCCCCGCCCGCAUCAUGGCCAAGACGUCUGCGGAUUCCGCCGAAGUCCAGACGGAGGAAAACGGCGUCGUCGUGACCACCAAGAAGACAGCUCUCCAGACGCAGCUGGAGGUCAUGGCCGCUUGGAAGAAGCUUGUCUCGGACAGGAAGAAGACCAAUGGUGUUUGCUAGAUAUAUCAUAUAUAUCAAAGGUCUAUAAAUACUUACAGUGCAUUCUAAUUAGUUUCUUGGUGCUUAAUUAAUCGUUUUCUGGUUUAAUGAGUUGGCAAUAGAGAUACAUUUUCAUUUUAAUAAAAUUAAGGGAAUGAGCAUUGUAUGUA